UGGUCUAAAUAGAAUUGCAAUUGCUGUAACAUCAUCAGGAAUUGCUGCAUUAUUAAUGAGUGGUGGAAAAACUGCUCAUUUCAGAUUUAAAAUUCCAUUAAAAUUAAUAAAGACCACUACUUUAAAUAUUAAAAAACAAUCUGAUUUAGCAGAUUUAAUCAGAAAGGCUAAAGUAAUUUUAUGGGAUGAAGCACCAAUGAUGGAUAGAUUUGCAUUUGAGGCAGUUGACAGAAGUUUUAGAGAUUUAAUGGAUGUUAAUGAACCAUUUGGAGGCAAAGUUAUGGUUCUUGGUGGUGACUUUAGACAAAUUUUAUCUGUAGUAGUUCGAGGUACAAGGGCCCAAAUAGUUAAUGCAUGCUUAAAGUCUUCUGAUCUUUGGAAAUUUUUUACAAGUAUGAAAUUAACUAAAAAUAUGAGAGUUCAACAACAAGAAAAUGUUGAACAAAAAAACUUUGUUGACUUCUUAUUACAAGUUGGUGAAGGAAAAGUUCUUGUAUAUUCUGAUAUUGGUGAUGAUUUUAUACAAUUGCCAGAUGAUAUAGUCUUAAGUAGUAAAGAUGAUAAAAAUCUUGAAAAAUUAAUAUCAGAGAUCUUUAAUGAUAUUAAUACAAACUAUCAAAAUUCUGACUAUAUUGAAGAUAGAGCAAUUUUGACAACUAAAAAUAUUGAUGUUGAGAAAAUUAAUGAUCAAAUACUUAAAAGUAUUCCAGAUAAACAAGUAUUUGAAUAUAAAUCUGCUGAUUCUAUUGAGGAAAAAGAAGAAGUAGAUUCAAGUCUUUAUACUUUAGAAUUUUUAAAUUCAUUAACACCAAGUGGAAUGCCACCUCAUGAAUUAAAUUUAAAAAUAGAUGUACCAGUCAUUCUUUUACGAAAUAUUAAUCCAGCUGAAGGAUUAUACAAUGGUACAAGAUUAAUAAUUAAAAAUUGCUAUGAUUAUAUUUUUGAAGCUGAAAUUUUAACAGGAGUCAAUCAAGGAAAGAAAAUAUUUUUACCUCGAAUAAGAUUAACACCAUCUGAUCUUGACCUUCUAUUUCAAUUAGUUAGAAGACAAUUUCCUAUAAAAUUAUCUUUUGCAAUGACUAUAAACAAAGUACAAGGCCAAACAAUUCCUAUUAUGGGAUUAUAUUUGCCCAAAUCAGUCUUUACACAUGGACAAUUAUAUGUUGCUUUGUCAAGAGUUCAAUCAAAAAAUAAUAUUAAAGUCUUGGUUGAAGAUAGGCAUAAAAAAGAAAAAGAAGGUAUAUAUACUAAAAACAUUGUAUAUAGAGAAAUCUUUGCUGAAUCUGAAUAA